AUGGCCUCCCCCCUGAAUUCCGAAUCCUCGUCCAUCCUCAUCGUCGGCGCCGGCACCUGGGGCAGCUCCACCGCCCUGCACCUGGCCCGCCGCGGCUACAAGCACAUCACCCUCCUCGACCCGUACCCCGUGCCCUCGGCCAUUUCCGCCGGCAAUGACGUGAACAAGAUUCUCUCCGGCCACGACCAGAAAACCAACGUUGACCGCAAGCAACCUCUAGGCACCUUCUCCGGCCCCGAGGACGACGAGGCCUACGUGAGCAACACGCUGCUGAACCGCGCCACCGAGGCCUGGCAAAAGGACCACGUCUUCGCCCCCUACUACCACGAGACGGGCUACAUCGUCGCCGCCAGCGACCCGGCCAGCAUCGCCGCGCUCGAGAAGCGCGAGCAGCCCACGCCCGAGGAUGGCUACGUCGAGCUGAACACACCCGACCAGUUCCGCCAGACCAUGCCCGCCGGCGUGCUGACAGGCGACUUUCCCGGCUGGAAGGGUUGGCACAAGGCCUCGGGCGCGGGGUGGGUGCAUGCGCGCAAGGCCCUCGUGGCCGCGGCGACCGAGGCGGAGCGCCUGGGCGCCAAGUUUGUGACUGGUCCGGCGCAGGGCAACGUGACGAGUUUGAUCUUUGAAGAGGGGGAUGUCAAGGGCGCGAGGACCCAGGACGGCAAGGAGUGGCGCGCCGAUCGGACGGUGCUGUGCGCGGGCGCCAACGCCCCGGGCCUGCUGGACUUCAAGGACCAGCUGCGGCCGACGGCGUGGACGCUCGCGCAUAUCCAGAUGACGGACGAGGAGGUCAAGCUGUACAAGAAUCUGCCGGUGCUGUUCAACGUGGAGCGCGGCUUCUUCAUGGAGCCCGACGAAGACGCCAAGCAGCUCAAACUCUGCGACGAGCACCCAGGCUACUGCAACUGGACCGAGACAGCCAGCGGCGCACGAGCCUCAGUCCCCUUCGCCAAGCACCAAAUCCCGCUAGCAUCGGAGGCGCGCGCGCGCUCCUUCCUGCGCGAAAUCAUGCCGCACCUGGCAGAGCGGCCGUUUGCAUUCGCGCGCAUCUGCUGGUGCGCCGACACGCCCAACCGCGCCUUCCUCAUCAGCCGGCACCCGGAGCACGCGAGCCUGGUGCUGGGCGCGGGCGCCAGCGGCCACGGCUUCAUGCACAUCCCUGUCAUUGGCGGGUAUAUUGCGGAUGCUAUGGAGGGCCGGCUUGAGGACCGGAUGCAAAGGAGUUGGCGCUGGAGACCCGAGACUGCUGUCGACAGGAAUUGGGAGGAUACCCAGGGCAGGUUUGGGGGCGAUAAUGUCGUUAUGGAUUUGAGGAAUGUGGGCGAGGAUCAGUGGACGUGCAUUGAGCCGAAGUUGUAG